AAUGCACCAAUAAGCCGGAAACAGCCGUCACACGAAAAACAACGAAGAAGAAUUAUCUUGAUUUGAGUUAUUUGAAAAUAAGGAUAAAAUAAAACAGUAGAAACAUAAAUAAUGGUCCAAUUUGUGCAUAUUUAACUUUAACACUCAGUCGUGGUCAUGUUUAAUGUGUAUUUGUUUGUUUUCAGGUGUAAUUGUUUAUUUUAUGUAAAACCCGGAAGACGUUUGACUGGUGCUAGCUAGCUAGCGUUAGCUCACAGUCAGCGUCUUUUUGACUCCAUAUUAUCCUGUUGUUAUGAACUCGUGUUUAAACAGGUUAAUUUAGCAUGUUUUAGAAAGAAGUGAAACUCCUCAAACCACCACCAGGAAGUAGACUGUAUCUCCAUGACUUUAAAACACUGGAUAGGGAUAAGCAGAUGGAGAGUCAGUGAUAGCCAGCUGUGCAGAUGAUUUGUAGAUCUACGGUUUUGUGCUACAAGCAUACACAGCACUACAGUCAGCUGAUUGUAUUCACAUGACAUAUUUCCACUGUGGGGCAGCUCCAGUGUACCGGUGCUGUGGAAGUGUUGCAUGGAGAAUCAGUCUCACGCGAAGGAAACCUUUCUAUCACAGUUAAUUUAAAGACCUGGAGAAGAUUCUGAAUGUGUAAGGAUCCAGGACAGAGAGCAGAAGAGUGAAUAAUGUCAGGAAUAACACAGUGAGGCCAGCACAGAGAGGAGCAGAGGGUUAGCUACGUAGCUUCAGGACUGUUGGAAUUUACAAAUAACCUUCAUCAUGGGUCCAGAAGGGAAGAAGCUGUUGAACAUCAUCGUCCUCGGCUUCGGCUUUAUGUUUAUGUUCACUGCUUUUCAAACAUGCGGUAACAUAGAGCAAACUGUGAUCAAGAGCUUCAACAGCACUGAGUUCCAUGGGAGUGGAUACACGAGCAUGGCCAUCAUCUACGGAGUUUUCUCUGCAUCCAACCUGAUCGCUCCGUCGGUGGUGGCAGUCAUCGGUCCGCAGCUGUCGAUGUUUUUCAGCGGGUUGUUUUACAGCGGCUACAUCGCCAUGUUCAUCUACCCGUACACGUGGAGCUUCUACACGGCGUCUGUGCUGGUUGGAAUCGGAGCAGCAGUCCUGUGGACGGCUCAGGGAAAUGUGCUUGCAAUCAACUCUACUGAUAAUACCAUCGGGAGAAAUAGUGGCAUCUUCUGGGCUCUGCUGCAGUUCAGCUUAUUCUUUGGAAACCUGUACAUAUACUGCGCCUGGCAUGGACAUGUCCACAUAACAGACAAAGACCGUCAGACCGUGUUCAUCUCUCUCACGGUGAUCAGUCUGGUGGGUUGCUUCCUCUUCUUCCUGAUUCGGAAGCCGGACCCAGAGCCCUCCCCGUCUGAGGGGUCGGAGCCGCUGCUGCAGGCAGAGUCCACGGAGAGCAACUCAUCAGCCAGCUCUCCACGCGCCAGCCUCGGCUCUCAGGCUCUGGACGCCUUCGUCAAAGCAUGUAAAAUGUUUGUCACCAAGGAGAUGUUGCUGCUGAGCACCUCGAUCGGAUACACAGGUCUGGAGCUGACUUUUUACAGCGGGGUGUACGGGACGUGUAUAGGAGCCAUGACUCAGUUCGGCAAAGACGCCAAGAGUCUGAUCGGCAUCUCCGGCAUUUUCAUCGGCAUCGGCGAGAUCUUAGGAGGGGGCGUGUUUGGGAUGCUGAACAAGUGUAACCGGUUCGGGAGGAACCCUGUGGUGCUGCUCGGGCUCAUCACUCACUUUAUCGCCUUUUACCUGAUUUUCCUCAACAUUGCCAGCGACGCUCCUCUGGCUCCGGAGGCAGGAACAGAUCUGCAGGCCUACAUCACGCCCAGCGUGGCGGUGGCGAUGCUCUGCAGCUUCCUGCUGGGUUUGGGUGACAGCUGCUUCAACACUCAGCUGCUCAGCAUCGUCGGCUUCAUGUUCAAAGACAACAGCGCCCCGGCGUUUGCUGUCUUCAAGUUCAUACAGUCCAUCAUGGCCGCCCUGGCCUUCUCCUACAGUAACUACCUGCUGCUGCACUGGCAGCUUCUCAUCCUGGUCGUGGUGGGUUUCUUGGGCUGCAUUACCUUCUUCAUGGCGGAGGCGGAGGCGGAGUCCAGCAGGCGAGAAUCAGACUACGACAGCAUCUAACACGAGAGGAGGAUGAGGAGGGCGCAGCUGGAGGCGUUCAGCUCUCCACAGCUGUGAAACAAAUCACCCAGGGAUGAUGAUAGCGAAGGUUUCUCUGCUUCAAACUGGGGUGUGGUUACUGAACUGUGGAUCUUUGCAUCUAAAUCAGGAGGUACUUAUUUAGAGUGCUGUGUGCACUACAGUCUCUUAUUGUUUGGUGCACAAACAUCAGAUUAAUCUAAAGGAAACAGACUCAGCUGGGGCGUCAAUGAGAGUCCUUUCAGUGAUGAUACAGAGAGGUGGGUUAGAAUAAUCCCACUGCUGCUCGUGCCUGUAAGAAGAGACCCUGAGAGAAAUACUUAUUAUGUGAAACAGGCUGUAAUGGCUGCGAUUUAAUCCUUUGAUCAAAAAGACCCAGAUUACAAAUAUCCAACUAUCUCUUAACUGAUGGGAACCAUAGCAGAGCGAGGUUUUCUUUGUUUUGGUUCAUAAACAGCUCUGAGAUGAGCAUGCAUUUCACCCCACAGAUGCAGGAGUUGCUGAUCUACCUCUGCUUUAUCAGUUUGCUUAUUCAAACGACUUUGUGUUUUAAUGGUUUGAUCAGAUUCAACUUGAUAUUCAACACAAGAAUACAAACAAACUGAUGAAGGCAGCAGCUCCUCCAUCCGUCUGGGUAAAGUCUGUAUUUGAAGCCGUGUUCACACACACACACACACACACAAUGAACACAUGAAAAAGUCCCAACAUGUUAAGGGAGGGUUACGUGUGUGAAUGCAAACAGCUGUAUUCUUCAACACGUCUUAAUCCAGGAGUUUUCAAACGAGUCCUGGAUUAAAAUUUCUGCAGGAAGUCACGAUGAACUGAUGUGUGAACGCAGUGGGAGGAGCCUGGUGAUGUCACGUACUUAAUGAGGCAUGCUCCUUUUCACUCGUACUGUGAAACUAAGACUGGGAUUCAGUCUGAAGUUCAAGCACUGAUGAUGCUGGACUCUGUUGCUUCAUGGAUUAAACAGUAGGUGCCACAGUGUCAUUUAUACAUUGUCUUGGCCUUGAAAGACUCUGUAAGGAGAAUCUAAAGAGCAAGCUGUCCUGAUAUUUUCUAGAAACUGUCAGGAGAAUAUAUUUGAGAAAUGGGCUUUUGAAAACAGAGUCAAGAGAAAUGUUGCUUUACAAAUAUCUCUGCAGAGACAAUCACAACUCCAGGCUGUCAGGAGUAAAAUAGAAUCCCUCAGAGUGGACACAGUUUGAUCUGGCGUUUUUUCCCAGAAGGAUUCACUUGAAGUCGUUACAGCCUGUUACACAGCUCCUCCUAUUACUCACUCACAUCCCAAAAUACACCCGAAUAAGGCUUAAAAAUAUGUCAUGUGCAAAACCUGGAUUCAUAGCCGCUCUUUGGGUUUAUCUCAAAAUAUAAUCUCUCUUUGUGUUGAAGGGAUGCUGUCAAAUACUCUCAUACACUGAAGUGAAUGUGUCGUGUAUCCACUGCUGUACAGUCAGUCACACGUUAUCAAACCCUGAGAUGAACUAUAAAGACUGACGAGUCUUCUCUCCACAGCUGAUGCGUUUAAAUUUAAGUCAUUAUUGGAACUUGGGAGCAAAAAGGUCAAAGGGAGACAUUCUAAAUAUGUAUGUGUGUUUGAUUGAUUUCUACCUUCAUUGUUCUGUUGUCUUUUUUCUGAUUCUUUCUUUGUACCUUCAGUGCCGUGUAACUGGUUUAUCUCUAAUAAGAUCCACAGGAUCUCUGACUUGAGGAUGACCUGUGACUCUGCAUUCCAGGGAAUGUGUUGUAAUUAAAGGCGGGUGACUUGUGUAGUUCUAAUGAAAUGAAAAGAGUCCGCCUGGUUCGCGAGAAAAACAAGAAAUAUAUCAGUCCUCUCUCCUCCUUGCUUCUGUUUCUGACCCUCUGAAGAAGACAGACACCUAGAGAGUAGACUGAGAAGAAUGCCAAAGAUUAGUCACUUUUGUUGUUGUUUCAGUGAUUCAUGUUUUUUCUUCGCCAAGUUUUUUUUUUUAGAUCUGAGGCCAAACUGACACAGAGCUAAAAAUGGGCCUUAAGACGCCGUCUGCUCCGGCUGUAAGCGGGAAGAGGCGGCGAGGACUUCUAUCUAAAUGCAGUGGAUUUUCUUCCUCGUGUUUAAAGUGUCGAUAUAUGAACACGCACAUCGUACUGGUUAAUUUAUUGCUGAAUGAACAUCAGGGGUUGGGUUUGCUCAAGUUUUGAUUGGUGUUGCAAUGGCUCCAAUCAAUCUGAAGGAUACUAAGGGAAAUGCAUGUGUACUAUGAGAAAUGAGAUUUUAUAUUUGAAUGUAGUAACGAAUGGCACCCGAACUUCGCUUGCUUGUUUUUAUUAUCAAUAAAAUCUUAUUUUGAACAUAA